CAAGAGUUGUUUGAAAAUAUUUUUGUAAAAUAAAAUAAUGUUUUGUAGCAAGUAUCUGAUAUUAUCGAUGAAUGAAAAUGGAUUUAUGUUUUUCGGAUGAUAGGUUUGUCAUUUUAUCGGACGAUUCAGAUGGAAUUUUAUCGGAUGAUACAGAUGCCAUUUUAUCGGACGAUACAGAUGUCACUUUAUCGAACGAUACAGAUGUCAUUUUAUCGAACGAUACAGAUGUCAUUUUUGUCGAAAAUUGCCAAAACUCUGCGAGUGCUAAAAAACAAUAUGUUGAAAAUAUAUCAUGCAAUGACAGUGACAGCGUUGUAAUUAUUGAAGAUGGAGUUGAUAUUAACGAGAAGCCUAAUUCAGAUGAAAAACAGUGUAGGAGUAAUACAAUAUUUUGUAAUACCAAUGACAGCGUUGUUAUUCUGAAGGAAAAUGGUUACAAGAUUGAAUAUCCUGGUAUCAACAAUAAAGCACAUUCUACUGAUGAUGGGUUACGUAAAAGUCCCAAUGAUUUAACGAUUUCUGAGGAUAAGGAGUAUAUUGAUAAUCAGCUAUGCAUUUUCAAAGAAAAACAAUGGACUGGUGAUACAGCCUCUUACCCAUGCAUGCCAGUUCUUAUUGCUGAAAUAUUUAGAUUUGUACCUUACCUAAAUGAGAAGUUUUAUCAUUUCCAUCCGAUUAACAUGCCCGAUCUGACAAUUCGGAAGGUUGAAAUAAUUGGUAGAAUUAGAAGCAUAAUCCUGAAGCCAAAAUUUUAUGAAUUUAUGGUUGAUGAUGGGACAGGAGUGAUUCUAGUAGUAUGUAAAAAAAGCCAGUACUCAGAACAGGAAAAAAAGCGAGCACACCUCACUUGGAAACAUUUCCAAUUUAUGCUUCUCGCUGCAAAAGAGAAACCAUGGCUUCAAGAACAGAUACCUAAAUGUGGAUCAAAUGUUUCGUUUCAUAAACAUCGGCCACCAUAUAAAUGUGAUUUAAAGAUACCAGAAUAUUAUAGAGCUAUCUUGGAACAUGGUUGGUGGAUGGAAACCGAAAAUGGAUUAUUGGGAAAGCGAUUUGAAGUUUAUGAUUAUGUAACAGUGAUAGGGUAUUGUAGUCUAGAUUUUGAAUUAGGGCAGAAACCAUUAAAAGAACUCACUCUGGAUGACUUAAUACAAGCCAAAGUAUUUAUUCAAUGUCUCGAAAUAAAGAUCAUAGGAGAACGUGACUAUAAUUGUAAAAUACAGAGUACAAUAAAUUCGGUACUUAAAGAAAGAUAUGGAAAAUUAAACAAGUAAUGUGUCACUGAAAGGCAAUUGUAUGAAUCAUGAUCUAGUAAAAAUGUUUAAAUAUGUGCAUACAUUAUAGACUAAGUAUUAUAUAAAUAUAACAAAGUUUUAAAUCAA